ACGUCGCCCGAGCCCCCUCGGGGCAGCCCGGGGCCGAGCCUCGCGCCGGGCCCGGUCCGAGAGAAGGGCGCGGGCAAGAGGGGUCCGGAUCGCGGCAGCCCAGAGUACCGGCAGCGGCGCGAACGCAAUAACAUCGCCGUGCGCAAGAGCCGCGACAAGGCCAAGCGCCGCAACCAGGAGAUGCAGCAGAAGCUGGUGGAGCUGUCGGCCGAGAACGAGAAGCUGCAUCAGCGCGUGGAGCAGCUCACGCGGGACCUGGCCGGCCUCCGGCAGUUCUUCAAGCAGCUGCCCAGCCCGCCUUUUCUGCCGCCCACCGGCGCCGACUGCCGGUAACGCUCUGCCCGGGCUCAGAGACUCCAAACGACCGAUACCUCAGCCCCCGACGGCCAGGAGCACACGCCGCCAGAGCCGCUGCAGUUUCGUUGCGAGCGACCGGAAGCUGCAGCUUGGACACUGGACUGCGAGAGAAGCUAUGAGUCUUUCCCCCUUAAAUUAUUUUUAUAAUGGUAGUGUUUUCUACGUCUUAUUACCAUCGCAGCUAAGGUACAUUUGUAGAAAGAGAAGACUUUCCGACAGACUUUUGUAGAUAAGAGGAAGAGACUGCGCAUGCUUUUUAUAUUCAUUUUUACAAUAUUUGUAAGAAUAAAGAAGCAUUUAAAUCGC